GAGAAGCAAAUGCCACACGUGGAGUAACGAGCAUCUUAGAGAGCCGCUGUGGUUUAUCUUCUGAGAACUGCUGCGUUUUUUCAACCCUUCCUCCCCUUGGGAAGGUUAGAUUUAAAUCGCAGGCGAAAGGAAAUGUAACGGGUCCUUCUUUAGGAUUAUCCGAAAGGCUGCAGCCAUGGGCCCAGACACUGCAUCUGAUCCAAAAUCCGAAUCUUCAGAGGAAUGUUUUGGAUUUGUGGAGGUGAACGUAGACCUGGGGUCGGAUUCCAGCGACGGUUCGACCGCCUCUGACCCAGAGAACUCCAAACAACCAAAAACAAACAAAUCUGACAAGUGUUUCCCUUGCCCCACCUGUGGAAAGGUGUUCGACCGGCCAUCGAGGGUGGAGAGGCAUAAACCUGUCCACGAGAGGAAGCCAAAGACAGUUUAUCAGUGUCAACAUUGUGAGAAAAGCUUCACUCAGGAGGAGAGGAUGAUUCGACACCAGAACACCCACAACAGGACCAACAAGCAUCCCUGUCCUGAUUGCGGGAAAGUGUUCAAUAGGCCUUCAAGGUUAGUGAGGCAUAAACGCACACACUCAAGGAAGCCAAAGGUGCCUCAUCAGUGUUCGAUCUGCAUGAAGACAUUCAAUAAACUUCACAAACUUCUUCGCCACAUGCGAGUUCACACAGGGGAGAGGCCUUAUACCUGCCCUGUCUGUGGAAAGGGAUUCUCCGAGGCAGGUCACUGCAAAGCACAUGAGAAGACACAUGAGGAGGAGCCCGAGAAGCCUCACCGCUGUGCUGACUGCGGGAUGAGUUUCUUCAAGGCCUCCUCGCUGCGACGACACUCCCGUUCCCACACGGGGGAGAAACCUUUUAAAUGCUCCCUGUGCGAGAGCAGCUACUCCCGCUCGGAGGGACUUAAAAGACACAUGAGGAAGCACACGGGAGAAAGGCCAUACAAGUGUAUCGUCUGCAGCAAAGGAUUUUAUUCCCGUCAGGAUCUGAGCCUCCAUGGACUGACUCACUCGGGAGAGAAGCCCUAUCUGUGCCCAAUGUGCGGCAAAUGCUUCUCGCAGCUGGGCAACAUGAAGGAGCACGAGCAGAAUGUCCAUAUUAAAUCGGAGAAAUAUAUUUGCAAUGAAUGUGGGGUGACGUUCAACAGGUACAAUUCACUGACGAAGCAUCAGCGCGUUCACACCGGAGAAAAACCUUAUGUGUGCCUCACAUGUGGUCGCAGGUUCUCCUGGAGCCAUUCCCUCAGCAGGCACAGAAGGACUCACGCUCACCGUCAGGUGGCUUCAGAAACCUCAGAGGAUUUGGAAAGCCUUGCUGGACCAUCUGGAAAUCCAAAAAGUUGUAAACUUAAUUAGAUUCCUGUAGAGACAACCAGGCAGCUCUGUAGUUUGAUAGUUUACUCGCUUAUUUGGACCAUUUGUGGUGAUUCACUUUGAUGUCCACAUGUACUAUUUGGAUAUAUAAUGAAGAGCGAACCAUCUUAUCCUACUUUGUUCCAGGAAUUGAAAUUUCAAGAGUACCUCAGUGUAUUUACAGUGGGGAGAAAGGUAUUUGAUACACUGCUUAUUUUGCAGCUUUUCCCACUUGCAAAGAAUGUCUUUAAUUUUUAUCAUAGGUCUUCAACUGUGAGUGACUGAAUUUAAAACACAAAUCCAGUUGAAAAGUACCUAUGAUAAAAAUUAAGGACUUCUACGUGCUUUGCAAGAGGUAAAACCUGCAAAAUCGGCAGUGUAUCAAAUACUUGGUCUCCCCACUGUAUGUGAGUCCAAAUAAGACUAAGUGUUGUGUUUGUUGCAACAAGAAUAAUGCAGUUUUAUGCAUUAGUCCAUACUAGAGGGAGCUCAAUGAUACGGUUUUUAUUUCUGCAGGUAAAUACAUUGUAGGACUGUAGUGAAGGGCUCCUAUACAGCAUUCUGUACAGCACUGUUGAUUUCAGUAACAUGGUGGCGAGGUGUGAAUAGCAGUUUUAGUUGUUCUAAAAAUAAUACAUUUAAAUAUUUACAGUUUAGGUUCUGCUUUUUUUAUACUUAGAAAUAUAUUGUACUGGCCUUACAUUGCAUUUUGUCUCAUUACAACCACACACUUCACGACAUUUUAUUGUAAUGUUACGUGAUAAUUAUAACACAAUGUAGCACAUUAUUGUGAAGUGGAUGGAAAUUGUUUUUGUUUUGUUUUUUCUAAAAAAAAAUUUUUCAAAAACAUGUGCAAGGUUUCUACUGAGCCUGGAAAAAUAUUCAUGAUUAUUCAUGAUAUCCAGAUUUCUGUAUGGAAAAAAUGUAUUUCUGGACUGAAUUUAUCUCAUUGUCUAAACGUUGUCUUUCCUUCCUUGUGUCCUUCUAUGCUUCCUCCAGCUUUCUUACUUUAUGUUCGUGUGUUUCCUUCUUUCUGUCUUUUUUGACUGAAAAGGUGACCCUCCAACCCAGUGUCAGGUGUUUUGCAGCCAAAAAGCUUUAUUUUGGUCUCAUCAGUCUAGAACCCCUUGUGCCAUUUUCUCCAUGUCUUCAACUGGACAUAUAGCAAACCUUAUCUCGGAGUUCCUAUGGCCUUCUGUCUCAUAAUGUUGCAGUAAAACACAAUAAAGGAUCGGGUUGUAACGUGAGAAAAAUUAUUUGUUUAAAAUGUAAACAGAACAAUUUUUUCUUGUCGGAGCUCCCUGUAAUAAUAUCCCAUUAGAAAAAGUAAAAGUAUGUUAAAACAUUGAAAUAAGGGAAACGAAAUUUAGAUGUAUUAAUAAAUAAAAUUAGAUUCUCCCAUUUAAUCAAUCCAUUGCAGACUUGGUAGGAGGUAGGUCUGAGCAAGUUUGAGUCAGGCUAUAAUCACUGCCUAUAGAGUUCCUGUGCCUGCUUAUGCCUUGAGUUGCUGUCAUGUGAUUGGCUGAUUUGCCAACCACAUUAGUGUUAACAGACAAUUGAUCUGGUGUGUGUGACAAAAUGGCCGAUGAGGAACGUCAAAUUGACAGGGUCCUUUAGGCCCUCUCUUAGGGCCUAGUAAAUAAAUAAAAGGAUAUUUUAACUGA